UGGGGCUAUUCAAAGUCUACAUUGUUGUGUGCCAGAUAGCUGGACUAAGCGCUUCACAUUUAUGAGGUAGUGAUAUGCACGUUUUCCUUUCGGUACGAUGUUGCUGGGGCCGAAUCGUGAUUAUUCAACUCUGCUAUGACUCGUGCGCCUACUUUAACCCCACUUGCUUUCACUGGAAGGGACAUGCGUUCAACGGAGAACCACUGAUCAUAUCUGCAGUUGAACCAUGAGGUAGCAACACCAGCGCACAGAAGAACAGAAUAACCUCCCAACCAGUGUGGACUACUCUUGUGUGUGUGUGUGUGUGUGUGUGGUUUCUUGUGUAAGAGCGUGUGUGUAUGAUUGGUAGAAGGGGGGCCUCUGCGGCCGGUCUCUCCUCACGGACAGGGCUGGCGGCAAUGGCGACCCACGAUGCCUUGCUGCUGCUGCUUGUGCUGUGGCUGCGCUGUGUGUCGGUGUGGGGGGGCUACCCUUUCAGGCCCCCGAUGGAGCUGGACGUCACCCCGCGGACCACCGUGUUUGCCAGCGGGCUUCUCGGCUGUGAGCGGUUCCAAGGCUCUGUGGUGAACUACAGCACCCUGCUGCUGGAGGAGAAGGGAGAGAGAGUGGAGAAGGCGGAGGAGGCGGGAGAGGCUCAGGGAGGUGAAGAGAGCGAGGGGGGUGGUGGAGGAGCAAGAGCAAGAGGAGGAGGAGGAGAAGGAGGAGGAGGAGUGCUGUACGUCGGAGCCAGAGGUGCUGUUUACGCCCUACAGGCCAACAACAUCUCAGCCAGCCCUCCACGCACAAUCGAGUGGGAGGCACCAGCGGACCAGAAGAAGCAGUGCCUCAAUAAGGGCCGAGACAACAAAACUGAGUGCUUCAAUCACAUCCGGUUCCUGCAGCGCUUCAAUAGCACGCACCUGUACAUGUGUGGAACACACGCCUUCAAGCCCCUCUGUGCAUACAUCGACGCAGACAAGUUUCAGAUUUCCUCCGGGUUCGAGGAGGGACGUGAGAAGUGUCCGUAUGACCCUGCGAAAGGCUACACUGGACUCCUCAUAGAUGAGCAAAUGUACACGGCCUCUCAGUAUGAGUUCAGGAGCUCCCCUGACAUCAAGCGGAACUGGCCCACGCCCACCAUCAAGACGGAGGAGGCCCCCACAAGAUGGCUCCUGGAGGCAGACUUUGUGGGCUCGGCGUUGGUGCGCGAGAGCGUGAACAGCUCGGUGGGCGAUGACGACAAGAUCUACUUCUUCUUCACGGAGAAGAGCCAGGAGCAGACGCCGUUCGGCGCUCAGGGCCGAGUGGCCCGCGUGGCCCGCAUCUGCAAGGGUGACCGUGGGGGGCACCUGACACUACAGAGGAAGUGGACGUCCUUCCUGAAAGCACGGCUCACCUGCUCACUGCAUGACUACCAGCUCCACUUCAAUGUCCUGCGCAGCGUCUUCACCUUCAACGGAGUCUCAGCGCAGGACACCCUCUUCUACGGCAUCUUCGGACUGGAGUGGAAAAAUGUGAAGGCGUCAGCCAUCUGUCAGUACUCCAUUGGGGACAUGUGGCAGGUGUUUGAGGGGCCCUACAUGGAGAGCCAGGACACCAGUUACAAGUGGAGCGAGUACACGGGCAAGACCCCCGAACCGCGCCCGGGAUCGUGCAUCACGGACAGACUGCGGGCCAAGGGCAUGAACUCGUCCUUUGACCUGCCGGACGACGUGCUGCACUUUGUGCGCCGGCACCCGCUCAUGUUCCGGCAGGUGCAGCCGCGGCUGCAGCGCCCCCUGCUGUUCAAGCGCAGCACGGACUACACCCAGCUGGCCGUCCACGGCCAGCCCGCGCUGGACGGCCACACGUACCACGUGCUCUUCAUCGGGACAGAUGAGGGGUGGCUGCACAGGGCUGUAGAGGUCGAAGGUCGUCUGCAUAUCAUUGAGGAGCUGCAGCUCUUUGAGCAGGCCCAGCCUGUGGACAGUAUCGUCAUCUCCGGAGCUCAGAGGAGUGUGUAUGUGGGCUCUGCCUCCGAGGUGGUGCAGUUGCCCAUGUCCACCUGUGGCAGGUACGCCUCCUGCUACGACUGUGUGUUCUCCAGAGACCCCUUCUGUGCCUGGGAUGGGAAUGGGGAGCAGUGUGUGGAGAUCUCGACUCACUCUGACAGGUCUAAUCUGAGGCAGGACGUUCAGCAGGGGAACCGGGGUUGUGAGAACGAGACGGCAGAUGCCUCAGCCUCAGCCGCAGAGCGGAGACCGGGGGACUUAGGACACCGUAAUGGAAAAGGGACGUGGAAAUGGGAUGAGCUAUGUCGCGCUCACAUUAACUCCGGCCUGCAGUGGAAUUACUCAAAUCUCGCAGCGCAGUCGCUCGGUGAUGCAAGGGGACGACGUGCUGCUGCAAUGCGAGCUGAGCUCCAACGUGGCGUUGCCGGAGUGGACCCUGGACGGCGCGCGUCUCCAGGGCUACGGGCUGGACUCGGGCUUCCGCGUGGGCACCGACGGCCUCCUGCUGAUCUCCGUGCGGCCCGAGCAGAGCGGCCGCUACCGCUGCUUCGCCCUGGAGAACGGCGCGCGCGUGCCCAUGGCCGCCUACGAGGUGGCCGUCCUCGCGGAGCGGCCGCCGGUGCACCCGGCCGACCCCGCCGCCGAGCCCACGCCGCCGCCCGAGGACCUCGGCGGGGGCGCGGAGGACCUGACCACCGAGCGGCCCGCUCCUCACACCUCCCGUCCCCCCAGCCAGAACUCCGCCACCUCGGCCGCCGGGCCCCAGCACCACUCCUUGACCCCUCCCCCGCCCGCCCCUCCCCUGCCGCCGCGCUCGGACUUCCUGUCCCUGAAGAACAUGGAGGCCAUGUACUUGUCCCUGGUGACCAUCCUGGGCGGGCUGUGCCUGGUGCUGACCGUGGUGCUGCUCUACGUGGGCUUCUGCGUGAGCGGCCGGCGGGGGAAGUACUCGCUGUCCCGCGCCCAGCGCCUCCGCGGCGCCGCCGCCACCGCCACCGGCGCCCUGGAGCUCCGCACCGUCUCCUCGCACUGCAACGGCACGUGCCGGCCGGGGAGGGGCGACGCGCACCUCGACGGGCUCCUCCAGAUCGUGCCCGGCGAGGGCCAGGCCUCGCCCAACAAGGAGCACCACGCCUCGCUCCCGCCGGCGCCGCCCUUGCCGCCGCCGCCCGCGCCCGAGGCGGAGUUCGCCAACGGCCUGGCGGCGACGCUGCCCAACGUGCUGAGGAAGAUGAACGGGAACAGCUACGUGCUGCUGCGGCAGAGCGAGUCCGAGAGCACCUCGCCGCUCUACUACUCCUUCACCGAGGAGCUCAGCCGCAUCCUGGAGAAGAGGAAGCACACGCAGCUGGUGUCCACGCCGGAUGAGAGCUCGGUGUAACCGCUCUGCCCUUUCACAGUGCCCCUGUGUGGUGGGAGGUCUCAACUGCACCCCCCCACACCCCAGCUGUGAGAGAUGUCAAGAGGUGGGAAUUUCAUGACUAUUUUAAAUUCAAACCCUCCUUAGCCCUGGAUUAAGAGGUCCUGCACUGACUGAAUUCAUGACAAGUAAACUGGGCACAUGUUCAGUGUAAACUGUGCACAUGUUCAGUGUUUAUUUGUCAAACACAAUUGACAUACUGUACAUUAACACCAUUUGCCCCUCCAAUUGUGGGCUCAAAUGCCAACUACAACUACAGAGACUUGGAGAACAACCUUCUAUGGAGUAUCUACCUCAGCCGUCAGCAGUAGCCCGGCCACGUUCCUCAUCGUCCAUAAAGAAGGCCGAGACGUAGGGAGCCCGAAGGGUCACCAGAGGCUCAGCCGCGUAUAAAAUUACCACUACAAAGGCGGCUGUCCUCUGAAACAGCCUCAAAAAGCCACGGCUAUGGACUGAGCAGAACUUUGCCCUUAGGGAGCGUUCGGGCGGCACCAGGACUUAGAUGGGGCCAGGGGAUGAAAGGGAGGCUCAGGCUUGGCUGAGAGAGGCGGCCCCUACUUUACUCAUCCACUCGCAAAAAUGGAGGCAGCUGGCCAAAAAAGACAAGCAAGACGUGCUCCGUGUCCAAACAAGCAGUCUGCAAUAUGAUGUCUUUGCUCUUUUUUAUAUGUGUCUUAUGAAAUGUGCUUCUUCUUUUGCCCUUGUAAUUUAUGAUGACACAAACCAUACUGAUAUCAACUAAGAUAAACUGCCAACUAACGUUGUGAUAGAUCUACCUAAACAUUUUUUAAAGAGACCUAUUUAGCAGAGAAAGCCUUUGUAAAUAAUGACCUUGUCCUUGACGUCUGAGCAAAACAAGAGACUUGGGUACUUAACAGUAUUAAUCUUUUGGAUGCACUUUAUAAGUUCCGGCCUUGGGUUACUCAAGCGACAGUUGGUCAGUGAAGUGACAUUUUUGACACAACAUUCACAACUGUUGCCAGAGUAUUAUUAUGGGAUGGAGCAGCAGCACCAACACUGAUCAGAACUGUUUCACCCAAAGGGUAAACUAAUUCUACAGGAGCCACCUGAUAUCGACAACACCUCGCCUGGACUUAUAUCAGCAAGCCACUGGAUCACGUUGAGCUUGACACAUCAAGCCACUAACACUAUGUGGGAUCUCUUCCACACGGGAGUUUUGUGCAUUCUGGGUAAUCUGCCACUAGAUCUACAGACCACCUAGGCGGCCAGAGACUCUCUCCUGUAAAAGGAAAAAGAAAACAUCCCUCCUGUCUGUACGUCCGUGAGAUCAGUCCUCUGCACGCACCUUUUCUAUCCCUCCCUCCCUCCCUCCCUCCCUCCCUCCAUCCCAUCCUGAAGUGGGGGGAUCAGCGGCGACUUGGUUUCCAUAGCAACUGCAAGUAAUGGAGAUGUGAGGAGUUGGGUGCAUCUGAGACACUGGCCAGAGGGCACCUGAGACCACGGACCAGCACUGGAGAACGGCAGAAGGUCUCGGCCCUCAGCACGUCCUCCAAAUACACCAGACCCGCCUGAGAGGAGAGACCCUCCAGCGAGCUCUGUGGAGCCACAGCCACAGGCAUGAGAGGAUGGUCACGUACUGGAUGGUUCAUUUCAUGGACAGACUGUGGCUGAAUGGGAAUUGACAGUAUUUUAGAUGGACAUGACGUUGCCAUUAUUAUAGUUCCACACCAGAGGUGGAAAGUCCAGUUUGUGAGAGUAAGGGGGUAUUCACACCGGCCUUGUUUAGUUCGAUUAAAACGAACUCAAGUUCGUUUCUUGCUUGGUUCGGACCAAAUAAGUGAACUAACGGACCUUCCUGGUGUGAAUACGCCCUAAAGGUCCAGCUAUGCAUUUGGUCCUACAGUACCUGUGCACUUCUCACCAAUUAGCUGACCUAAGAUGCGUUUUUGCAAACAUAUAGGCGAAUGUUUGCAAACUGUUUUCUGUUUGCAAAUGUUCGCCGACAACUCAAGGCAAACAUUUGCAAACAUUUUGAGGAGGUAGUUCUGUGGAGCUAGGUAUGAGUGGGACAAAGUGUUCCGGUUACAACAUAAUGUUUACACCGAAUCGUUCAAAUCUAACUGUUUGGAAAAAAAACAUUCGCCAUGAACUUUCGCCACUGUUUGCAGAAUUUGAACGCACCUCUGGCUUAACAGUUAUGCUUAUUAAAAUCAGCGGAGUUAGUGAAUAGUUGGAUCAAAUAUGUGAGAAGACCUUUUAGUCUCUGGAGCUGGAUCUGUCCACCUCUGUUCCACAUGCCCUCACACAGACACGUCUCCUCCCCCAGUCAGAUGCUCAGUCUGCCCACCACUGUGGCUUUGAUGUGGAUAUCUAGUCUUCUUUACAAAAGAACAGUAUUGAUAUUUAUUUUGUGAUUUUUGUUUUGUACUGUUUUGUUUGAGUCUCCAUGUGUUUGUUAUUUCUUAUUUUUGUGAUAUUUGCAAUAGUUAAACACUGAUUUCAUUGAUGGUUGAGUUGAAAGUGCAUGUCAGUCCUCCAUGCAUGCCUGUCACUGAGUUCACAGGAAUGGGAUACCUGAACAAAAAUAUGUCCAGAGGCAUCAUACAAUACAUUCUGUAGCUAUUCUGUAGUAUGUCCCUUUUGAGUAUUAUCCAUUAUUAUUUAUAUUUGGUAUCAAAACACAUUCCUAUUUUCAGCUCUCACCUAUCAAAAUUCCCUCACUAAAUAUUUCUGCAAAAUAUGUAGCUGGUUUAAGCACACAGACCGAUGGUAAUAACCUAUCCACUAGAUGAUGACAUAACACGUCUUAUAGGAGUUAUCCUUACAGGCCUCUGGUAAGAUUUGUCUUGUUCACAUGAUAGUUUGUGGGCUUAAUGGAAGCUUAGAGUUACUCUAGUGAAAUCUCCACUCUCCCUUACCACAUAUAAGAUCCCUCAAAAAGAACAACACAAGGGUUUGUCUUGAUGGAUACCAAUAUACUGGUCCAUAAUCCUUGCAGUAAAGUCACUAGAGGCUGGACAUUGAUACUCAUUUCCUGAGAGGCUAGCUGUGGGAACGAAUGCUCUUCAACAGAGGGGGGAGCAGAACAGGCGGAGAGCAAUUAAACAUUUGGUCCACGAGGGAAUCAACGACCACAAGCUAUGUUCCUUGUCUCAUUUUCUCUAGGCAAGCCAGGGCCAGCACACUAUGGCCAAAUAUAAUACAUAAUUACGUGUAUUACCCACUGCCACCACCCAACCCAUAGACACACACUUGUGUUUCCGUGCUCUAUUACAACAUGUUAAUACUCAGAGGUACAGUAGGCCUACGUCACUGAGGGGGCAGCGGGUGGGUGAGAUGACUUCUCUGUUUACACUGCAGUUCAAGCAAAUCCCGCCGUCUAAUAAACAUCUUAA